AGUCUGCAUUCCUGUCCCAGAUGGCAGUUCCUCCGUUUGGACAGAGGAAGCCCUGUUUUGCGUCCCUGGCAAAAAGGCCACUGCCACCCCUGCCCCUGCUGCCUUCAUGGCAAGCCUUGGGAAAGCGAAAGCUUUUUUUCUUUGCUCACGGAGCACAAUGCUCCCUACUGGAAGGGGCCUGAGACGAGGCAGAUGUCUUAGGAACUGAUGAGGGCUCACAGCUCUGUGGCGGGGAGAGGGACUGUGUGUCCCACGGCCAAGCAGGAUUUCCUCUCCAAAGCAGAAACUGCCAUUUCUCACUUUCCACCUUGAAUACCAAGCACAAUUCACCACUGCCAGGAGAAUUCACUGCCAGGGGUCAGCAGCCGUCUCUCCUGCAGGCCAGCACUGCACCCCACUCCCAUCUUACCAACCCACUGCUGGACUGUUUGGAAGGAAUGCUGUUGACCCUCGCACCCCUCUCAUGAAAAAACCUGAAGGUUUUCUGUCUGGCAUAAGCAGGAAGUGUGUGCAUGUUGAGGGGAGCAUGGGAAGGAAGGAAGGAAGGAAGGAAGGAAGGAAGGAAGGAAGGAAGGAAGGAAGGAAGGAAGGAAGGAAGGAAGGAAGGAAGGAAGGAAGGCUGUUUGGGACUUAGUGAAAGAGUUUCCACCCAGACCCACAGCAACUGGUCUUUGCUCACACCUCUUGCCUGCUAGUUACACCCCCAAAGCAAGAAAGGCCCUGGAAGCCUCCAUUCUCCCCCCCCAAGCCAUGACCCCUCCUGGGAUUCUCCACUCAGCAGCCCCUGAACUGGCCCUUACUUCUGGGCAUGAGGCUACUUUCCUAGGACGUUCCCCUGGGGGGUGAGAGCAAGUGAUUCCCCGGUUGGCUUGUGACUGUGCUGAUCUGUCUUUGGCUCUGCUGCUUCUCCUUGGAAUUGCACUUUGCUGCCUGCUGAUUGCAAACCCCCCCCCCUUCUGUCAUGUUCCCAACACCUGCCCUCAGCUGAGAUGGGUUAUGCAACCUUUCUGUCCUUAUUUUGCAAAAUCUGCAAUUCAGAUUCAUCAGCCUCAGCCUGAAAAGUUUUCAUUGCUCUUCUUGUAACUGCAGAAUUGAGUUGGCCUCCAUUUGCACGGACAGUGAUUUACUGUGCUGAGCUGGAAAUCAAUGUUUCUUGUCCUGGAUCUGCUCAGGAAGUCCAACGGUCAGAUGAAAUAAAGCAGAGCUUGCCUCUCAACUCAGGCAGACCUCUGCUUCUUUCCCUGGAGGGUGGGUGCCUGGUUUAAGUCCUCUCUGUUCCCCCACCCUAACAUACCCCAUGGGCCUUCUUCCCUAGUCACUCCUUCCUGUGAAAGGGGAGGGAAGUUUGCCUUUCCCUUUUCCCUUCCCCAACUGCUCUCCACUGGGCCAGAUGGAUCCAAAGCCAGGGAAUCUGAAGGGAGCUGAGAGUGGAAGUGGCUUUGGCUGUGGGGCAAGGCUCUUUGACACUUAGGAUCAACCACCUGAACCUCCUACUUUGGAUGGAGGGCAUAAAAGACUCCCGCCCCCGGCCCCCCACUUUAUAGCAGGUUAAGCAGUUUGGGGUUCACUACUUACACAACUCUUGAAAGCCUUUCCCCUUCCCUGUGCCGGGACAAAGGUUGAAACUGCCGUGAGGGACAAAGGUUGAAACUGCUGUGAGCCAGCGGCAUUGGGGAGACUGGCUGCUGGCCGGUUCCUGGCCUUCAUCUGUCCCUCCCUCCAUAAAGGGACUGAGCUCCUUCACAAGAUGCACUUUAGGCCAAGAUGAGAGACUGAGUGAGGUCCCCGAGGCCUCCUUCAAUCUUGGCUCCCUUUCUUGGCUGGGAGGCUGGGAAGGUUUCUUUCUCUCUCAGCCCUCAGCUAGGUCAGGGAAUGGUCACUCCUCUGGAUGAGCAGAACUGCUGUCCUGCUUGGAGGUGAAGGAGGCUCUCAGGAAGGACUUGGUCUCAGCUGCUACCAUGAAAAUUCCCAGUGCUGGUGGGUCGGGCCGGCUAAUGUGGCAGAUUUGGCCACAGGAUCUUGGCGCUAGGAAAGAAAGCCGGACUCCUAGGAAGGAGCAGGGAUAUGCUACAGACCCCCACCUAGUUGGUCGGGUAUCUGGCCACCCCAGAGGAGAGGAGCCAGCUGAGGCUGCUGGGCUGGCUGCUUUUUUUCCUCUCUUCUCUCCCUUGGAUGGUGGCGCCCCCCAGGCUGGCCCAGAGGAAGUUCUGCAGCGGCCCAUCCAAGAAAUGCCGCUUGAAGUUUUGGGGCGCCUGACUCUCUGUUCCUUCAUCCGGCAGAGGCCGAGAGUCUGCGACCAGGAGGCCGGGAAGGAAAGAAACGGGGCCAAGCCUCUCCCUCCCGCAGACUGUCCAGAGGUCCUUGCUGGAGUUACAAACCAGCUCUGGCCGGCCGAGAAAGCUGCGGGAUUCUUGACUCCCUCUGGGGCAGGCUAAGGGCGGAUCAAGCGAGAGAUGCCACUUGUCCGCCCGUGCUUCUCAGGCGCCUGGGGGGCGGCGACCUCUUUCCUGGAGGGGGCUCAGGUCUCUGUUGCAACACUUCGGCGGAGCAGGAGGCAGACGUGGCCAUCGGGUUUGCAGCCCAGGUGCGGGAGAUCCCGGCAGGGCGAGAGCCACUGCGGCUCUGGACUCCUUCGGCCGGGAAAACGAAGCGUUGACUUAGGCCGGGUGUCCCUUGGGAAUCUGCAAGCAUCUUCCCUGGGCGGCCGGAGAGACCGGUCUCGAUGCGCUUCUCAGCCUCCCUUGAGGGACUUCUGAGCAGGGCGGGUGCGCGCGCUCCAGACCCCUUCUAGCCGGGAGAAACUAAAUCCCGGACAAUAAAAGUCCUCUGCCCCGACACUCCUCCUGCCCUCCGGAGAUCCCAGAAACGUGGACCGUAUCCUAACCUGAAGGAGGCCGCUUGCUUGCCUGUUGCGGAAGAGAACUGGCUGCAGAAUUCGGCAGUGCCCCCGAGGAAGCCUGGCUGUCUGUCCCUGAAACUUUCCCGCGCGUGGGUUAGGAAAGAGGCCCUUUGAGGUUUCAGGCUGGGGAGGGGGAAGCGAUGCCGCGAGUGCGGAGCAGCCGGCGGAGGGGAAGUUCCAGCAGCAGAAGACGACUCAAGCCAGAGCUGGGUGUCCCAGGGCAGCGGAGGUCCGCAGAGGUCCUUGGGGUGUGCAAAACGCCUGGUCCUCCUCGGUGUCCUCUGGAAAGAUCCUAUCCGUUCACCUCCCCGCGGAGGCGGAGAAACCUAACUCCUCAGCCUGGACGGCAGCUUGGAACCCAAGGACGAGUAGUUCUUCCGGGAUGCCCGGCUUUCCGCCCCCUGCGAAGCUAAGAUUGCGAAGCCAGCAGUUUGCUUCACGCCAGCUGGGCGCGCUCCCGUGGCCUUCUAUUUUUACGCCCAACAAACAACCGGUGAGGGUGAGAGGGCCCAAGCAGGGCAGGCGGCCAGCCUCCGCCGAGCACCUGCGAAGGCGGGGACAGGCGGAGAGACAGGAUCGCCUUGGCGCCCAGAGAGCCAGGCCGCGUGCCCCUCCCCCUCAUCCGAUGGCCCGUUUCGGCCUCAGGGAAGCCGCCGGGUGAAGUUCUUCGCAAGAAUUCGCCGGCACCGGGUCGGAGAGGCUGCCUGCCUGCUGCAGCUAGGCUUCGCAGAGCCGCAGAAAGUUUUACGGGGUCUUGGAGCUAAACUGCCUCCUCCCGGCUCUCUUCCCGGGAGGGGUACAAGCGGCAGAAAAGAACAGAGAAGCGUCGGAGAAACGGAGCAAAGCUGGGCUGCUGCGGCCCCAGGGAGCCAAGUUUCUCCGGCUAGCGCUGGGAUUCCUCUCCGGUGCUCGCUCUUUGAGCACUGAGGCUCGCUGGCACCAAGCAAACGCCCCUUUCCAUGGAGAGCGCGAACGCCUCCCCUCCUCUGGAGAGUCCUGGCCAGCUCCUGCCUGAAGUCCAGCCUGGCCCUCAAUGAGCCUAGGUUCUUGGCCUAGUGCCCCUGACUUUCUGCAAUGGUCACCCGCAACAGAGGCAUGGAAAAAGUAUUCCCCUCCCCCCAUGCAGUAAGAGCUGCUCCCCCCUCCCCCCAGGCUGCUGCCGGGAAUUUCUGGCACCUUUACAGCUUCUUUUUUCUUUUUUAUCUUUCACUGCACAAUCCCUGAGUCAUGAUUCUCUGGGAGCUUCAGAAGCUGCCACUACCGCAGCAUCUCCCCACCAUCUACCUGCCACAUCAGCAGAAGCUAGCCCGUGGCUCAGGAUGCCCCCAAGACUGGCAUCCUCUGCCCCCCCUUCAGCCAGGAGCUUUUCCUUUCUCCUUUUCCCUCAUCUCCCCCACCCCCCACUCCCUUUCUAUGCGACACCAGAAGGAACUCCUUGCGAUGGGGGUUGUCUAGUUUGGGUGGUGUCGCUCUACUGAAAUGGCCACCAGCUGCUUCCCAGAGAGUGGGAUGUUGGAGCCCCACCACCUCCUGCAUCCCUGCACCGUGAGAGCUGUGAAUUUCUUCCUGAGAUGCCUGAAGCAGGCUUGGGCUUGGAGGACACAGGAAGUGUUGAUGGGAAAGGCCUGGCCCUAAAACUAGCCUAGCUAAAUUGGCAGCAAGAGUCCAGCUCCCCAUAAGUGAAAGUAGCCCUUCCUUGAUCAGCACGAAGACUUCCCUCCUGCUGCUUCAGCAGUGACUCUACCUUUGCAUGUGGGAAAGAAUCUUCUCUCUGCCCAUUUGCCACUCCUGGCCUGGUUUUCCUGCUGCCCUUCCAUCCCCUGCUCCAAAGGUUCGAACCACCGCCUAUCUAACUGACCAUCGGGGCAACCUUCUCAACCCCCAAAUAUCCCACUGGAGAGAAGUUAGCUUCCCCACUGCCCCUCGGGGGAUUCAGGGCCAGGAAGGGCCAGGCUUUCUUCCUAUUCUAGUAAACAGAUAAAGGUGCUGCCUCGCCUACCCCUGCGGAGGUCGGGCCAAUUUUUGCCACCCAAAAGCAUCCCUUGACUAUCUUGCUUGGAAGUUCCUAAGGCCUAAUUCAGGCGCCUGCGUUGGCGGAACAGACUAGGGAAAGACUCCGUCCCCGUCGGGGUAAGUACAAAGCAACUAAAGCGGGAGGGCUUGGCCGCCUGCUCCAACCGUUUAUCCGGCGCUGCGGGCGGCAGGCGGGCAACGACCUUCGGGGAGGACGGUGCUGCUCCCCAGCCCGGUAUGACAAGGCUGCGCGCGCCCUCCGCGCCUCCGCGGGGGGCCUAGUUUCAUCGCGGAGGCGGUUCCGGGAGUGUCCGCCUCCGCCUCUCGCUGCCUUUUGGACUGCCGGCUGCUGGAAGGGGCGGCCCGUGCGCGGAGCCAGAAGCGGCAACUGCGGCGGUUGGUCGCGAAAGCAACUUCGGCAGUCGGAGACUGCGGCGUCAACGGGAGAGGAGAGAGGCAGCAGAGUAGUUGCCGAGAUGGCCGUGGACUGGCUGGGAGUCGCCUUGCUGGGACUUCAGCUGUGCUCUCGGACAUUAACCUUGGAGGUGUCAGUGGGGAAGGCACCUGUUAUUUAUGCCAAGAAUGGUACCAAUGUGCUACUGCCCUGUACUUUCAACUCCUGCAUCGGCAUUGAGAAAGCCAACUUCAUAUGGAGCCACAACCAGACUGAAAUAUUCAAAGGGGUCGUAAAGAACAAAGACUCCAAGCCGGAGCCUCAUCCAGAGUACAAGUUCAACCUUAAGCACAUGUUGCCACCUGACCUACCACUCAGCAAGGAUAACCGGGAGUUCAACGUUUCCCUCCUGUUGCUUGAUGCUGACUUUGAGGACUCUGGGCCAUACACCUGCUUGGUCAAGAAUCCCAAAGAGAAGGAUGCCAACCACAGUGGCACCUUUACUCUCAAAGUGGUUGUGAUGUUGGAGAAGGUUGACAACACGCUGACACUGAUCAUUUUGUCUGUUGCGGGUGGCGUCAUUGGGCUCAUCAUCCUAAUCAUGCUGACCAAGAAACUGGUCCUCUUCAUCCUCAAGAAGACACAGAAACAGAAGGAGUGCCUUGUGAGUUCUUCAGCAAAUGAAAACACUGAGAAUGGGCUGCCGGGCUCCAAAAUAGACUCCAAAUCAUCCCCAAAGGUCUGACUCCAUGAGGUGCAGAUCUCUGGGAUCCAACCCUCCACCUUGAUCUGCCAGACUUUAGCAAGGGCAGGAGAAGACCCUCUUUCAAAUGACUGAUGCUUGAGACACAACUAUGUUACUCAACUGGCUGCAAACAAGCGCUGCUUCUUGGGAGAAACUGCAGAGACGGAUGGCAAGCCUGGCAUUGCUCAUGUCUGAAAGGUGAAGAGAGGUUCUAGACUGAGGCUGAGCUUCAGUUUCAAGAAGCCUUGUAGCUGCAGGAAUGAAGUAGAUGGGCAUUAGACCAAAGACCUGGUUCUCCUUCUGACAAUCAAAUAUCAUCAGCAUUGGGGUGUGGGUUGGAAAGGCUGCCUUCCUCCCUCAGAAGGUAGUGAAGAAAGGGAUGAGUGAAAGGGCAGGGUGAGAAGCUGGGUCUGCUUUACCUGGAAACCAGUAGGUGCACCUCUGUUUAAUAUUGGUUUCUGUGAUGCAUUCCUAUGGAGGGGGAGGUGGGUUUUGCUGGAGCAGUGGCCUAUUGGAGGUCCAGUGGAGCCAAGUAUGGUUUCCUUAUCCUCUUUAGUGGGUCUUAAUUGAGGGUCUGAGACUGAGCAUCUGGACUUGGGUCUUCCUCCAGAUCUCCUCCUGGCAAGACAGCAGAGCAGAUGUGCAGCGAUGCCUCAAGAGACAGAACCGGGUGGUGUCUCCUUUGCAUGGUCUCAUGGUGUUAGGCUGUCCUUGCUGAAUGAGAAGCUGAUGUCCAAGUGCUCCCCUUCCAUGCUGCUGAUUCUUCCCCUCAGCUUCUUUACUUGCAUGCUCAUUCCCUGGUCUCCUUGCCAGGGAGACGGGGCCUGCAGGAGCUGAGCUUUUUACCCAAGCAUGACAAGAGCAGCAUUUCUAAGGCCUUAUGACUGAAGCUCCUCCUGGCCCAAUUUAAUUCCCCAAGGAGCACCUGCCCUGCCUGUUGCCCAGGUGAACAAGAUGCCAGAUUGGCCAGAUGUCAAGUCAAGAUGGCCGAGGAGCAGCUGCAUUCUGGUCACCCCAGCACCCCCUCCCUUCCCUGGCUCCCUGCAACUGGCUGCCUUUCCCAGACCACCAGCCAGGCCAACAUCUUUAGGUUGUCUUAUUUAUUCUGAGCUAUAAUUUCAGGGGAAAAAAAAAAGAAAUCAUUAUCAGGUGUAGCUGUUGUGAUUGUAAAAGAUAUGCCCCCCUCCUAUACACACAUCAACUACAUUCACUACCAAACCUAUAAGAUGUCCCCCCCCCCACAAUACAUAUGAGCUCUUACCAAAUGCCCUUGUAAAAAAAAAACUUUCACAGCAAGCUGAAUUUUUUUUUUAAUUUACAUUUUUAUCCCGCCCUUCUCCGAAGACUCAGGGCGGCUUACAUUGUGUAAGGCAAUUGACCCGAGUGGUGAUGAGGAGAGGGCUCAGUCAGGAAUCUGUGGUCUAUUUGCUGUUUGAAAGAUAGUAUGGUGAGCAAAUGACUGAAUAGGAAGGGAAAUGGGUUUAGCUUAAAUAUUCCAACAACACUCUGUCAUUUCCACCCUCUCUGCCUUUUCUCUGGCUCUAGAAGGCCAAAGGUCCAUCAGCAUUUCCUCUGCUUUUGCUCAGGGCUGCUCAUCUUUGCUGAGAGCCCAAUAUUAUAGUGCUGAAAAUUAACCCAGCAAACAAAAUGGAGACUGCACCCUCCCUCCCCCCCCACUAUUCUUUCUCUGCCCAAUCCCUUCAGACUCAAAUUGAUACACACCCCCAGCCCCAGACAAGCCAGUCUUAAACCAACUGGAUGAAGAAACCCAACCUUCUCCUUCACAAAUGGCCAGCCAAUCAGAUUCUGAAGACUUCCUGCCUUGUAGCCCUAACUUCUAUAAACAUCUUGGCUUUCCCAUAAUUUGGAGUCCCUCUUUCUUGUAAUGCAGACACUCAACAAUCCUUGCAAUAAACACAGUUCUUCUCCCUAGUGGUGUGCUUCUUAUUUUGGCAAAAACCCACAACAGUAUACUAUAUGCAUGCUAAUAAAAUUAUGCUGUUUAUUCAAAGCGAUUAG